CACGUACAGGACUUGCCAACCUAGCUUGCGGAGUCCGACCGGCUCCAGGCCCAAAGUCGAAUCAUUUAAAUGAAGUGACUCCUCGUCUUUUUUAUCUUGUGACCUAGUGUAUCCUUCUACCAUUUUCCCUUGUUGGUACCUUUUGCAGUCGGGUUCAACAACUCCAGACCGCAUCCAAUGGACCCAUCAACCCCACCCAAGAUCAUACCCGCGCCGGGACAACACCCGGACAUCAAAGCUGAUGCACGUCGCGUGUUCGACGUCCUCCGAUCUGGCGGGGUAGCCCUAGUGCCGACCGAAGUCGGCUACGGCCUCAUGGCCUCAUCGACUGAGGCAAUUCAACGAGCCUUUGCAGCCAAGAAACGCCGACCCGGCCACGCGCAGGGCAUUAUCGGGACUUACAAUCUCCACCGCGAGCUCCACGUGCUCCCCGCAGCGCGGCACGAGAUGAUCCGCACGCUGCACCACGAGAUGGACAUGUCCUUCGGGGUGGUCGCGCCCUUCCGCGCGGACCACCCCCUCCUCCAACAGCUGACCCCAGCAACCCUGGCAAACACGACCAAGAAUGACACCCUGGCCAUCUAUCUCGGUAGAGGGUCUCUGCUGGUGGAGCUGGGCCGCUUGAACGACGAGGCUGGCCAAUUGAUGCUAGGGUCGAGCGCCAACCUCACCGGCACAGGCCAGAAGUUCCGGGUGGAGGACAUCGACCAGGAGAUCAAGGAUGCCACCGACGUGAUUGUGGAUUACGGGUUGCAGCGGUAUCAUGUGUACGGGGGCCGCGCGUCGACGAUCUUCGAUUUCGACAAGAUGCAGGCGCUGCGGAUUGGCGCCGAGUAUGAAUUGCUGAGGGAGCGUCUGCGGAAGUAUUGGGGGGUGGACGGGUUGCCUGAGGAUCCUCUUUUUGGCUAGGAGCAGCGGCUUCCGGAGCCCUAACCUCCCCCCAUCUCACUGAACCCGCUACAUUUGAUGAACCUCCUGCACCCCCUGCAUCAAGGGUUUAAUGUUCGACAUGAACCACUAGCAUAGAGAGAUUGAGGCUUGGAAACUGACGUCUAUUUUGUUGCUUACUAACUCUCUGCGCUAAAUAUCUCAAGAAUGUGGAGAAAAAAGGAGGGC